AGAACCCGGAUGUGAUUCCGCCAGGCAAUGGCGGCCGAGCGGAUCCGGGCUCCGUCCCAUAUGUAAACAACACAUUAAGCGCUCUCCUUUGUUUAAGAAAAGCAAAACCAGCCGCGAUCAGGAGCAUGAGAUUAUCGCACAAGAAUCGACUCAUCUGAGCACCAAAAUGUCAAUGGAAGAUCCGUUUUUCGUCGUGAAAGGAGAGGUGCAGAAGGCUGUGAACACAGCUCAGGGGCUUCAUCAGAGAUGGAUGGAGCUGCUACAGGACCCGGGUGGAGCCAGCAAGGAGGAGGUGGACUGGACCACUAAUGAGCUGAGGAACAGUUUGAGGUCCAUUGAAUGGGACUUGGAGGACUUGGAUGAGACUAUUAGUAUUGUGGAGGCUAAUCCAAAGAAGUUCAAUCUCGAUGCGAUGGAGCUGGCCAAGAGGAAAGCCUUCAUCACUAGCACUAGGCAAACAGUCAGGGAGAUGAAAGACCACAUGACUAGUCCAAUGGCCAUGACGGUGUCCGAGAGGAAAAAUCGACAGACUUUAAUGGGCGAUGGCGGGUCUCGUGGCCCAAUCUGGCAACCCAGUGCAGAUAAGUACACUAGACUGGACCGGGAGCUGCAGACGGCAAACUCACAGUUCAUUGAGGAACAGCAGACCCAGCAACAGCUCAUAGGAGAACAGCAGGAUGAGCAGCUGGAGUUGGUGUCGGGAACUAUUGGCGUCUUGAAGAACAUGUCACAAAGGAUCGGCCAAGAGCUGGAUGAGCAAGCUGUAAUGCUGGAUGAUUUUUCACAUGAGAUGGACAGCACUCAUUCCAGACUGGAUAAUGUCAUGAAGAAACUGGCUAAAGUUUCUCACAUGACCAGCGAUCGUCGACAGUGGUGCGCUAUCGGCAUUCUUCUGGCCAUCCUGUUUGUCGUGAUCAUUCUCUUGAUUGUUCUGUGAACAGCCCUCCUCCGUCCCCCGCCUGCGAACGCUCACUCCAACGAAGGUGCUUGGGAGAGAAACAAAACCCUUUCUCCAUCUUUAGUCCAUUAUACGGUAGAACGCUGCUGCUUUGUAACCUUUUGCUUUCUUAGAAACAACCCUGACAGAAAACAAAUGGGUAACACAGCGUGUAAAAGCAAGGGCUGGUUUUUCGUAAACGCGUUUUUGGUUUGGCGAUAACGCGGUCUGAUCAUUUCGUACGAGUUAUGUCGUAAUCCAGGGUAAAUCGUUUCUUUCAAAUGGACAAUGACUUUAAAUACUUCAAAGGAUCAAGUGCUACUAGAAAAAAUUGCCUACGUUAUUUCCUGUGCGCUGCUUUAAUAGUCGGUUUAGACCACUGUAAAUAAUCAACACCACCUACUAAACACUGGAGUUUAACAAACCAGAUACUGUUAAAGCGGGUGUAUUACUGAUCAUACUAAUGGGAAUGAGUUAUUUACUGUCUAAGUGUUUAUUUCUGUGUGCUUUGUUUACUUAUUUUUUACAUUUGAGUUAUUGAUAAUCAGUUACUAGUGAGAUUUAUUGACACGCACUGCGGUUUGUUUCUUUAAACUGAAUAGACUUGUGUUUUUAACGGAAACGUUGAGGUGAAACACUCCGGAUAACUGCCUAAAAGUCUCCAAAUAGGUUAACAAUUCAAAUAGUAACCAGAAAUUGUGCUCAAGUAAGCAUUAAACAUGUGAAUUGCGUGACAAUUGGGUAUUAAUCUGUAGAAAGUCUGAAAAUGGAUCAUUUCAGAUGAAAGUGAAGUUUUGGACCAAGUGUAUUUUAGCAUAAAAGCUCAAUUUGACAACUAAUAGUUAAAGGAUGAGUUCAUCCUAAAUGAAUGGGUUGGGUUCUAUCCAAGAUGUAGAUGAGUUUGUUUCUUCAAGGUAACAGAUUUGAAGAAAUGUAGCAUUGC